GUUUUUUAAACUUGAAACUACAAGAUCUUUCAUAACUUUAUCUGAGGUUUUAAAGAUUAUUCGAUGAAAGAAGACAAUAAAGGACGCGUGCGAUUUUGUGUAGGCGGAGACGAUACGUUAUCCCUACUGGCACGGAAUUUCGAAGCAAGAGAAACGAGAGAAAAGGGGAUCAAUAAAAUCCUGUAGUUUCGCGCAUGACGGAAUUUAUUUUACAAAUUUCUGAAGGUUAUGAGAAGAAUCCAUGCUAGAAAACCGUGUUGCACCGAAUGCGGUAAGUAAACAACGUUACAGACCCAGUUAUACGCGGACACGAUGUUCGAAGGUGCCAUAGCGGCGUUCUUGAACCGGCUUCUGGGAAAGUACGUCGAGGAUUUAGAUACCGAACAGUUCAACGUAGGUAUAUUUUCUGGCGACACUUGCCUCACCGAUCUUAAAUUGAAACCUGAAGCUCUGUAUCAACUUGGUUUACCAAUUAAAGUAGAAGUAGGACUUAUAGGGAAGAUCAUUUUAAAAAUACCAUGGGCAGGACUAUUUUCUCAACCAAUUGUGCUUUGUCUGGAGGAUAUAUAUAUAGUGGCAGUACCUGCUACGUAUGGCCCAUAUGAUGCAGAAAUACAAAAAAAAUUGACAAGAGCUGAGAAAAAGAAAAUAUUAGAAGAUUUAAAGGAAGAUGUGACAUACACGUCAGAAUUAUUUGACAAUUUGUUGACAUCGGUGACGAAGAAUUUUCAAAUCACUAUAAAUAAUGUACAUAUUAGAUAUGAAGAAAAGCUAAAUGAAUCUCUGUGUGCUUGCGGUAUUUGUAUUCAAAGUGUGUCUGUAAUGACUACGAAUAGCAAAUGGAAACCUGGUAUUUGUACGAGUAAUUCGAGCACAAUUUAUCAACUAGUACGAGCAGAAUCUUUGAGCAUAUACAUGGAUAAUGAUACAGAAUCUGCUCUUAUAAACAAUGGAUACUGUUGGGAUAUAUCUGCUAUUUUUGCAUGGAAAAGUAUUAUGCACAAAGCCUUGCAAACACUUGGUAUGAGGAAUAAAGAGUUUCAAUUUCUUUUAAAACCUUUCACCGCAAAAAUAAAAGUAAUCAUAUAUAAAGGAAAUGAAGCUCAAACAUCUCGUAUGUUGGUUGAUAUUGUUCUUCAUGAUAUAGCAAUGCAAAUAUCCGAAGCGCAAUACGUUACAUUCUGUCACCUGUAUGAUUCGUUAUUGCGUACAAUUAUAAAAAAACAAUAUAUUAAAUAUCGCCCGAAUGAAAUUAUAAAGAAGAAUCCGUCAGCUUGGUGGAGAUACGCUUAUAAUUUGGUUCUGGAAUAUAACAUAAGACCUUAUACUUGGAAAAGGAUUGUUGAACAUAGAAAAAAUUACAGAAGAUACAAAGAAGCAUGUCUGGAGUGUUUACUUCGACCAAAUGACACAGAAUUGAAGCUAGACUUACAAAAAUAUGAAGAUUAUUUAUCAAUUUUUAAUAUAGUUAUAGCUAGAGAACAUGCUAGACAGGAAUUGAAAAAUAGGAUGAUUAAGGAGAAACGACAAAGUGUGGAUAGCAGUGUUUUAAGACAAAAAUAUGCAAGAAGUAAAUCUUCGACUCAAGAGGAUGUGCAGAAUGCAGAUGUAAAAAAUAAUGACACGAAUGGGCAGGAAAUGAAUACUGAUGAUACUAGUAACAGUACAGAAAAACAAAUAAAAAUAGACAGGCUACUACAACCAAUUGAUUAUAAAUUGAAUUUUACGUUAGCAAAUUCUUGUUUAACUCUUUUAAACAAUGAUAGAGAAAUUCUUGUUGUAACUGUAACUCAAUUCUUAACAAGUAUCGAAAUACGACCUGCACUGUCUGCCUUUAAGAUAUCCACUCGGGCUGAGAGUUUUGUAAUUGAAGGUGUUUCUCUGGAAGGUGAUUUAGUGCCCUUAAUUACUGUCGACAAUGUUUUAACAGGAAAUGUAUCCACAAAUUUUUUGGCAAUAGAUUUUGAAAAGAAUGGAGAAAACAUUGAUCCAACUUUUGAUAUAUCUAUAACUUUGGAAACUAUCGAAGUGACUUAUUAUCAUCAUGCUAUGAUAGAAAUUAUUCAAUUUUUCAAACUGAAUGAUAUUAAUGCUCAAACUGCAAUUCUAUGGGCAUCCAAAUUCUAUAAUUGCCUGAAAAAAAAUUUCUUUAUUUUGGUGGAUAAUAUGGUAUCUCAAACACUUAGGAUCAGUUUUAAAAUAGAUAUCAAAGGUCCAUAUAUUGUAUUUCCAGAACAUGGAUCAAUGCAAAAAGAUGGACACAUUCUUUUGAUUGAUUUUGGUAAUGUGAAUCUAUCCAAUGAACUUCAGAAUAUAACUAAUUUACAACUUGAAGAUGCCACACUCAUGGAGUUGGAGGAAUUACUUUAUGAUAGAGUUCAUAUUGUAUUCUCUGGAGCACAGAUAUUAUUUUGUCACUCAGGAGAUGAUUGGCGGACAGUCAGAAAGAAAAAAGAUUCUGAAUAUCAUUUCAUACCAAAGAUACAGGCAAAUACCACUAUUUCGUACAGCGUAAAACCAGAAUACCACCAAUUACCAAGGUACAUUCCAACUUUAAGAUAUCAAACUAGACAUCACAUUAUAAUCAUUUUAUUUUAUAGGACCAAAGUGAAUGUUUCUAUUUCGGGUAUUAAAUUCAAUUUAUCAGAAAAUAAGAUACAAUUGAUUGUUCACUUUCUAAACUUAUUAUUAUUGAUGUAUCAAAAGAAUAUAAAAAAAUGUGAGGGAGAGUUUAAACCACAUCUACCGAAGAAAAUAUGUAAUGAGCUUUGCGCGUCAAUAAAGCAGCUUAAAAGUGUGCGAAGCUCUAUAUGUCUAUCGUCGAUUGAAAAAUCCGAAACCACAUUUACUAAUGUUGCUAAAGAAUUCUGGACGAAUAGCGUACAAAAACUUGAUAGCAUCGUGUCUUCUGAAGUUAGUGAAGAAGAUUUGGAACUAUUGUCAAAGACUAUCAGUUUAUCUGGAUUUGAUGACAGUGUAUCUCCAUGUAAUCAUAUCAAUCUAUUGUUGAGAUUUGCUAUUGGAGAGUUAUCGAUUCACUUGGGAAGCAUGAAUUGUGGAAGAGAAGAACCUUACUUAAAUUUGAGAUUGCAUGCGUUAUACAUUGAAACUGCAAUAAUGCAAUAUGGAUCUGCUGUUCAGUUUGGUAUAGGAUCUAUUCUGUUGGUAGAUAAAACCAAUGCAGGAGUAACUGGGUCAUAUUUAGAAUUAUUAUCUACUGAAGAACCUUAUGAAGUUCUUGUAAUAUCAUUCCGUAAGGUCAGAUCAAAUUGUCCUGAUUUCAAGUCUCAUUUCAAGAGCAUUGAAAGAUCUCUUGUCAUUAACAUACUUAAUGUUAAUGUAAAUCUUCAUAGACCUGCGUUACUAAAAAUAAGGGAAUACUGGUAUAGCUUGUUUGGCAUUAUUGAAAACAAUGAUAUUAUUAAUGUUUUGAAAAAUGUAUGCCAGAGUGUUGGACAAUGGAGAGUGAAAGAAAAUGAUCCACCUAUCCCACCAGGUGCAAUUAAAUUAAAUUAUUCUGCAAGACUUCAUUCGCUCGUCAUCAGAUUUUGCGACAGAGAUUUAGACUUAAUGGAAAUACAGAUUCAGGGACUAGAAAACGACUGCAUUUACAACGCUAAUGAAAGAAUGGUCUUGCGUGCUCAUCUUACACACUUAUCAGUUGAAGACUUGAACGAGGAUACACUUUAUUCGAAACUUCUGAUAACAGAGGAGGAUAAAGUUCUCGAUCUGAAAUACGUAAGGCAUACGCCGAGACUGUAUAAAUGUUCUGAUAUUGAUACCAAUCGAGAUGACGUAAUGUCGGAUGGAACAUUUAAGUUUUCUAUAGGGAGGAUCAGCUGUGUACUUAUUUAUAAGAUAUUACAUGAUUUAAAGUACUUUUUAACUCCAUUUACUUCAACAUAUUGUUUGCGCUUUAAAAAUUAUUUCACCGAUAAACUUCUAAGUGGUAUCAAGGAAUUUAAGAGAACCGCGACGAAGCUGCAUAUCUUCAUUGAUAUUCAAGGCCCAGUAUUUCUUUUACCACAACGGAAAGAUGUCCCGACUCUUCUAGUAUUAAACACAGGUAUAUUGUCUGUGGAAAAUUUUUUCAAAAAAGUUGAAAAUAAUAAAAUUGGUAACGAAGCAAAUCAGUUAACAAUCGACAACAUUUUAAUUAAACUGAACAACGUAACUGUAUCCAGAGCAAUUAUGACACUUAAUCAAGACUUGGAAAUUCAAGAACCGAUCAUCGAGCCCGUUCAUAUCCACUUUGAUAUUAAAAGAAAAGCAGAUUAUCGUAGUGCAAUGGAAUUCCAGACAUAUGGUUUAUUUAAUUUACAAGGUUCCAUGGAUUUUGUGAACAUUAAUUUAAGCCAAAGAGAUCUAAAGUCUUGUAUACUGGUAUGGAAAGAUAACAUCUCGAAAAUUAUACUAUUUAAAAAUGCCUACAAUAGUCAAGUACAGUCUGCGAUAGAAGAACAAUUAAAGAAAGCUGAUGAGAAUGAUGUAAUGGUGAAGAAAUUGGAAGAUUUCCUUACACAUAAUGAAAAUACAGUCUGUGAAGUUAAUAUGAAACUAACUUUAGAGGGAUUGCAAUUAAAUUUGUUCUUAGAUUCUGAAGAGGUAUUAAGUUCGCCAGUUCGUGACUUGAAUCACGGUUUAUGCAGACUAACAUUUGGAGAAAUAAUCAACACCUAUGCAUUUUAUAGCGACAAAAGUCUGAAGAUGAAAUUCUCCCUUCAGAGUUGUGUCCUGCAAGAUACUCGAAAGGAGUCACAAGUUAUAAGAAAGAUAAUUCAGUCACCAGCAAGAUUAAUUGGAGUGCAACCUGAAUCUUAUAUAUUUAUCUCCAUGUCACCAAUCGUUGACAUAACGUACACAUGUGGCCCAGUAGGAGAAAAAUGUUUCGAUGCACUUAUCCAAGAAGUUAGAGUAAAUCUGUCUGUUCCAUUCGUAAUGCAUCUUACUCGAUACAUCAUGGAGUCGUUUCCAGUCGUUCAGGUCGAGAAAGGAAUUGUCAAUCACGGAUAUGAAAAUAACAAUUCAACAACAAGCAGGGAUAAUAUCACUGCAGAAAGAAAUAAAUUAAAAUACGCACAAUAUUUUAAAGAAGAACCAGAUGCUUCAAUAUCUGUGAGAAUACAUAAACCGGAGAUCUUAUUCUUUGGAGAUUUAAAAGCAAACAACGCACAUGUAAUUCUGUUGCAAGCUGAAAUAUCCAUUGAAAGUAGCAGGCAUAGCUGUUCGUCGUCGAUUGUCUGUACACUCUCUGAUGUACGUGCUAAAUCAAAGAGACAAGGAAAUUAUUCUCAUUACACACCUUACUGGUUAUUGUGCCCCUGUGACAUUGAGAUUUGUCGGAAAGAAGAGCCACCAGAAUUUAAUGUUGACUACACUGUCACCGUAAACAAAAUUAAUGUUCAUCUUUCCGCAGAAAUAAUACACACAUUUAUUGAUAUAUUGAGUGAAACAACAAAUUUAAUGAAUAGCAUAAAUUUAAAAUUGGAGGACAAGUCUUUCCAUCAUGACUCUAUGCAUGCAAAUCUGUGGACACCGGUCAAAAUUUCAAAUGUGCCAUAUAAGAAAUUAAUGGACGAUGAUUCGCAUUUAAAUUAUGAGUGCAACGACAGAGUAGUAACACUUAAUUUAAAACCACUAGUAAUUUGCUUGUUAUUGGAAAUCGAAUAUUUAACAGAGAGGCUUCCUGUUAUACAAAUGCACAGCACAGUUGCAGCAUCGAUAAAUGAUUGGUUCAAUGACUUUAAUUUUGAGUCUACUAUAAAGGUCCAUGCAUUCUGUUAUAAUGUGGACUACAAAAGUUGGGAGCCCUUAAUUGAUCUUUGCUCUGAAGACGACGCAACCUGUAGACCAUGGGAAUUAAUGAUAAAAAUGCGUCACGGUGAAGCUUUCAUGAUAAAUUCAAACUGGACCGACUCGUACCAGCAUAUCAGACAAGAUACAUUAAAAGGUAAAAAACGAAACAUGAAAAGUAUCGAUCAAGACGUUACGGACAUGGUGUUCAUAACUCCGGAUCAUUUGACGGUACCAAAAACGAACGAGACAGAAUUGUAUUCGACGUACGAAGAAGAUUCUGACACGGACGACGACCAUGAUCGUAUGAAAAUAGUAAAAACUUCCAAUUACUUGUUCAACAGCAACAGCAGUGGAGAGGAAGAUAGUGACAGCGACGAUUCCAGUACAAACGAGGAUGAAGGAUUAGAGUUGACUCCCGAAUGCAACGUGGAUUCCUUUGGACCCGUUGGCCGUGAAUCCAUAAAAUCAAACGACGUCGCAGUCUACGUUAACAUAUGUGCAGAAGACAAACUGAAUAUUGUGAUCACCUCGAAUUUAAUUGCUGUGAUGGAUAUUAUUAUAAACGCGUUUCAACAAGCUGCUAGUGGAAUACCCAUAAUACCUACUCCUAUGAAGAAGUUAAAUCUUCAGAACUGCAUCGGUCAUGAAAGUCGAAUAGAACUUGUUGCUUCGGUAGAAGAAGAUAAUAAAACUGUAAGUCGUGUGAUUGCCAGUCAAGAGUAUCAUGAGAUCAACUCGCCAGCAAGUGUUCCAAGUAGCCCGGAAGCGGAAACUCAUUCUGGUCUUGCUAGUCCCCAUGAAAAUGAGAUGGACUUUACCGACCCAGAUGUAACGUUAAAAAAUUACUCUGUGCCAAUGGAGGAAAUACUUCAUGAUGAUUCUCCCAUUAAUAUAUAUAAGACAAUCACUGGGGAGGUGCUACAUGUCGUUUUUAAAGGUAUGUUUCACAAAAUAUGGUAUAAGAAAUGUAUUUUCAACGGGUUCUUAUUUUUAGGGUUCGAUGACGUAUUAGUGUACUGCCCCAAAAAACAGGGUUGUAAUCUGGUUCCACUUCGACCUAUCAGACACGAGGUUCGUUACCAUUUAGUCAUAGAGGCUACAAUAAACAAUUGUCUGCAUCGUACAAUUACUGUACGAUCACCUCUUCAGUUUCGAAAUGAAACCUCCUACGCCUUAGGCCUCUACUACAAAAAGUCGUUGCUAGAUAAAUUGGGGCUCACAUGCAUCGGUGAACCCACGAACCCUUUCGACGACAACAUUAGGAUGACAAUAAUUGAACCUGACUCUACUUACAGCGUUCCUUUAUACAUAGCUUAUCACUUUCCUAUAUACAUAUUACCUGCCUAUUUAGAAAAAUAUCAGGUGAGCGAAGAAGGAAUUUAUUGGAAGGAGCUUAGUACAAUGAUGAAUGUUGUUAAGGAUAUAUGUUGUAAGAUGAAAACGGACGAGGGUAGCUCUGUAUUUUGCGUUAAAGUCGCUUGCAAUGAAGUCUCAUUAACCACAAGACCUAGUUGCCAAGUGCCGAGUUAUUUGAUAAGCAUUCAUUCCCCUCUAAUUUUCAACAAUCAGCUACCCUUCGUUGUGGAUGUUCACAUACCUGCUAUUAAUUAUGAAGUGAAAAUUGAACCUGGAGAAAAAAUAAACAUGCAUUCUUUGAAUUGUAAUACAGACAUUCAGUUUGUUUUCAAGAUCCAAAAUUAUUUGGGUAUACAUUGGACUGGUAUGGUUAAACUGAACACUAAUUUAGAGAGGAAGUUUGUUGUAAUGAAUGUGGAUAGCGAGGCAGAUUCAGCAAAGUCCUUCUUACUGUGCAUAGAAUUGUGCAAAGUUAAAAGCUGGCACGUUGUCAUUCAGUCUCAGUACUGGAUGAUAAACAAGUCUGGAUUACCUUUAUUCAUUCAGGAAUGUUACUCCCACAUAAUUAAUGAGAUACCUGAAGAAGAGUUGAUGAUAUUUUCUCAGAAAAAUAAUAAGAAGAGUAUGGUUAGAUUAAGAGCUCAUCAGUCUGAAUGGUCACAGCCAUUCGGUUUAGAAGGAAUUACCUCUAUGUCCUUAAUAGUGUGCAAGGACACCGAACGUGGAAGGAAAUACAGAAUUUUAACAGAAAUCGAAAGUUCUCGUCUCUCCCCUAAUUUUACGAAGAUCAUAACAUUUCUUCCUUACUUUUAUAUUAUUAACAAGACAAAGAGAACUUUGAGAUUUAUGGAAGAGAACGAUCAGGCUGAUUUGUGGAACGACCUUUUACCAGGACAAAGUAUACCCUUCUGGCCAGUCACAGAAUCGAUGAAGAUGAAAAUAAAAUGGAGGAACAGUCAGUUGGUGUCUCAACACUUCAACAUUACACAUGUAGGGAAAACUGUUCUGAGAAUGGAUAACGGCUCAGCGAUCACCGUGCAAAUCAAGGGCGGAAUUAAUUCACCGUAUUACGUCACGUUUCAAAAAUACGUGACUGGUGAUAUACCCAUAAGAAUAGACAAUUUCUGCGAUAAUUUAUUUUUGAAAAUUAGUCAAUGUAAUUUAGGUCAAGUAGCUUUAAUAAAUCCAUUUCAAAGUCUACUGUACACUUGGGAUGAUCCUACAAAGACCAGGGAACUCGUUUGGAAUGUAUAUAACAAUAAAAAGGCGGGAUAUAAUGCAAGAUUUAAAAAGGAUGGAUAUGGACAAGAACUUGUUCCACUUGUGAUCAUAGAAAAGUGUAGCAGUGGAUCUGCGAACGCAGUCAAACCACAAAAUAACAAAUCAAUGUGGUCGGAGACAAAACCAGACAGUGUCAGUAGUGAAUAUAAUUGUGACGAUGAUGAUAAAUCCACAGAUAAAACAACUGUUUACUGGGUUAGCUACAUGGAAAUCAAUCAACGAGUAUUACUGUUUACUCAACAUGAAACAGUGUUCUUAAAAGCAAAAAGUAUCAUUGAUCCUGAACCUAGUAAAAAGGAAAUAUUUUUAUCCUUUGCUGGUAUUGGUGUCAGCGUUGUAACAAGAUGUAAUGAAGUUCCAAAAGAAUUAGUGUAUGCAAACAUAACAGAUUCUGCGGCUCACUGGGAGCUUUAUUUUGACAGAAAGUGGAAGAGUUUAUCGUUGGAAUUGAGUGCAUGGAUAGAAAGCAAAUAUGUAGAUUCUUGUAAAAAGGCACAGUUAGAGAAUUUUAUUGAUGUUGAUCUUGUUAAAAUGCAUAUGACUAAACCAUUCUUUGGAAAAUUAAGAAGGACUUAUUCUCCAGGAAUUUGGUUGCACUACAGGAAAUCAAUGUCGUUGACUCAUUUGCAGGGUUAUAUUCAUAAAAUACAGGUGGAUGAUCUAAGUCGUAAUACAACCUUUCCAGUGAUCUUGUACCCUAACUUCCAGAAAAGUGUUAUCAAGUAUGCAGGAAAUCAUAAAUUGAAGCACUGUAUAGAAUUUGCGUGUUUGAAACAGAGAAAACUGAAUUAUGAUGUUUACAAGGGUGUUUGUGUUAUAGUUAGAGAAUUUAAUCUGAAUCUACAGGAAAGUUUGCUGCUUUCUUUAAUCGAUUUGAUUCCAAAGAAACCAGAAACUAAAUAUUCCAUCGCUGUAAAACUGAGAAAGGAUGUUUCAAGUGUUCGUAUUUUACCUUUUAGCAAAACUAACGUACGUACAUUUUAUUCCUUAUUUGUACAUAUAUAUUCGUGUGUCAUAACAGCGAUAAACAAAUUUCAGGGUACAAUUGUUAAAAGAAGAAAUAUGAUAGAGCACAUGUAUAUUUCUCCCAUCAUGAUACGUUUAACGUUGUUAGCCGAUACGGAGAGACCUAAUAUUUAUAACAUUGGCGAUAUAGCGGAUUAUAAGAAUGUUGUCAGAUUUAUUUUUGAAUAUUCUGAAAAGGGAGGAUUUGAGAAACACACUGAACUUAGACUUCCUUGCUAUCAAAAGAAUUUUAUCGUGGUUGAAAACGAAGAACUUUUACUAGAUUUAUCACGAUCUUACGUGACUCAAACUAUGCAGCAGUUUCAUGUUUUAAUCCGUUCGACUACCGUCUUAGGAAAUCAAUGUGGUUAUAAUUUUAAGUCACCAGGAGAUAAUUUUUAUGAUUCCAAUAUGUUGAUUUUAUGUGGGGAUGAAAUAGCAGAAAAGCUGAGUCAAGAAAUAAUGUGUCAGUUGGGAUACAGUACACCGGAUAUUACACAAACUUCUAUCUUUAAUUUCGAUAUUGAACCACGCGUAAUGCAAUCUAAAACAAAAGAGUCAUGUUUCCAAAAUAAGGAUGUGCCUCCUUUAAGUCUUACGUUAUGUACUUCGUUUUCUACGGAACUCGAGUUAGAAACAUUCAGCAUAGUAACUGCAUGUAGAAGUAGUAUCCAUCAAGAAGAAUUAAAAUACUUCUUCAAAACUCUGGGAAAGAAAACGUCAAUAUUUUUUCAUACUGAAAGUUCCUCUAUAAAAGCUUAUUCAAAAGUAAUAGCGGAUAUUAUAAAAAGGGCACAAGAAAUAGGUCAUAAGUUUAUAUCUCGGGUACGCUUAUCGCGCUACGUGAAUCCAUACAAGGGAGUCGAAGUAUUUUCAAUGCAUAAAGCUAGAGGAAUGCAUCUCUUAAGUAUGAUAAGCAAGAAUCCUGGUAUCGAAACAGAAACAUACUGGGCACAUACUGCUCUUUCUAACGAUGGCAAACACAUAGCUCUAGUUUCGUUGCAGCGAUUAUAUUUCAUCGAGAAGGGAUGUACAUGGGGAUCUUGGAACGUAAAGUGGACCUUAAAUACGCAGCAGUUACUGUCACCUCCAACGGUGCUUAACAAUAAGCUUAUUUUACAUGUGAACAAGAACGAAGAUACUUUGUCACCCAUUAUGGAUUGGUACUUGGAAAGCGACGCAGUAGAUAUUCUGGAGUGGCUGUGCCAGAAAAUAAAUAUAGCCAUGAUCUUGAACAUGGAGAACAGUAUAUGUUCAAAGCAAGUUGUAUAACUGGAAUCCAAACUAUAAAAAAGAGUUAUUGUAUAUUUAAAUUACUCAGGCACAAUAAAUUCUCUGACAAACGCAACAUUUUGUUUACGUUAGAAAUCUAUAUAUAAAAACAAUAUUAUUUCCUACAAGUAUAGUUCUUUCAUCGUGGACUAUAAAGUUCACAAAUGAUAUAUGUAUAUGUAGUUUAGAAACUUUCUAUAGCUCUUUUAGUUUGUUCAGAUCACUAUAUAGUUUCAAAGAGAUAGAUAUCUGCAUACAAUAGCCAUUUGGAUAAAGUACGUCUAGUUUAUUUCAUAAUUUAUUUACAAAAAGUCUUAGUAAAUUACACUUACAGGCAUCUCCACUCGAACUAAAGUAAAUAAUUUAAGAACUACACGUAUUUAGAUAUCUAUAGAGUAGGAUAUUUUGGGGUCAGGGAGAAGCAGGGAUCAGGGAAAGUGUUCUGUUUUAACUUAUUUACCUCAUGUUUUUUUUCCCAUUUGCCUUCAUCUUCUUCAUCUAAUUAUUUCUUAAAUAAAGUCAAAUCUGAUUAGUUUCUUUACAUAUGCUACUUUUACGAGAAUGGAAACACUGUUCUUGAAAUUCACUUCUAAAUGAAAAAGGAAGUAUCCGCAUGGAAGGUGUGCGAUGACAAAGUAGAUAUAAAUAUCUUCAUUUCAUCAAACAUUAUAAAUUAGAGUGGUUUUCCUCCGUUUUCUUUUCACUCUAUUACAUUAGAUAAAUGUAUAUGUAAGAACUG